CUUGAAACAGCGUUGUAAGAAACGUAUUUUAAAAACAAAUUACAAUACACUUAUAAUAAUAAUUUUCAAGUUUCAAAAACUUCAAAGCUCGACUUAAAUUUUAUUAUUAUAAAUAAAUUAUUUUUUAUAUUUUGCAUUGUCUGAACAUCAUUAGAUCUGUAUUUCUUGUGUAACAUAGAGUUCUUAAAAGUCAGUCAAACUGGGGCAAUGUAUGGAUAAAACUGUUGUGGAAAAGAUAAAGGCGGCAAACAACGCCGCGGCAAGAUCUAAAGGCAACAGGAUGCCGGCUCAACCUAUAAAAUUGUACUACCUACCACCGUCGCCUCCAUGCCGUUCAGUGAUGAUGACGGCCAGAGCAUUGGAUAUAGACCUGGAUCUUGUGCUCACGAAUAUUAUGGAAGGCCAACAUAAAACACCAGAAUUUUUGAAGAUGAAUCCACAACACACGAUACCAACAAUGGAUGACAACGGUUUUAUAUUAUGGGAAAGUCGCGCUAUCAUGUCUUAUUUGGUUAAUGCAUAUGGACGUGAUGACUCUUUGUAUCCAAGAAAUCCACGUCAGAGAGCACUUGUUGAUCAAAGGCUUAAUUUUGAUCUAGGUACAUUGUUUAAGCGAUACAUGGACCUUUACGUUCCAAUGUUGUUUAAAGGUGAGGCAUAUAAUGACGAGGCUGCCGAGAAGUUAAACGAAGCUUUGGAUUGGUUGAAUAUCAUGUUAGAAGGCCGCACAUUCGUUGCUGGAGACAACCUCACCAUCGCCGAUAUAUCUAUAGUCGUCACUCUUUCUAAUUUAGAGGCCUUUGGAUUUGACUACAGUGCUCAUGAAAACGUCGCAAAAUGGUUUGAGAGAACGAAAAAAACUCUCGAACCUUAUGGCUAUGCAGAAAUAGAUCAAGCGGGUGCAAACAUUCUUGCAUCAUUCUUGAAAAAAGAAUAAAUACUAAAAUUAUUUUAUUGUUAAUUUCAUUACUAGUAUACGCAAUAAAAACGUUACCACACGAA